AAUCCGCCUUUCCUGGGCGGCAGCCAUUUUGAAGUGCGGGUCCUUGGGGUGGAAAUUGAGCCGGAGCAGUGAAGAAAUAGAUUGGCUCUACCCACGCAGAUUUUUACCUUCUGCGAAGAAAAUAAAAUUUUGCAAUUGUUCGAUAAUUGGAGUACAAGAUGACUGAUCAGCAACUAGACUGUGCUCUUGAUCUCAUGCGAAGGCUGCCUCCCCAGCAAAUCGAAAAGAACCUCAGUGACCUAAUUGACUUGGCCCCAAAACUCUGUGAAGAUUUAUUGUCCUCCAUUGAUCAACCAUUGAAAAUUGCAAGGGACAAAGAAACUGGCAAAGACUAUUUGCUUUGUGAUUACAACAGAGAUGGUGAUUCUUAUAGGUCACCUUGGAGUAACACAUAUGAUCCACCCCUCGAUGAUGGGGCAAUGCCAUCAGAACGACUAAGAAAAAUGGAAAUUGAAGCAAACCAAGCCUUUGAUCAAUACAGAAUUAUGUACUUUGAGGGAGGUGUUUCAUCUGUAUAUCUUUGGGAUUUGGAUCAUGGCUUUGCUGGUGUUAUUCUUGUCAAAAAAGCUGGUGAUGGUUCAAAGAAAAUUCGUGGGUGUUGGGAUUCAAUACAUGUUGUUGAAGUACAGGAAAGAGGUGGUGGGAGAAAUGCACACUACAAAUUGACAUCAACGGCUAUGCUUUGGCUUCAGACCAGCAAAGAAGCAUCUGGGACAAUGAAUUUAGGUGGCAGUCUCACAAGACAGAUUGAAGCUGAUAGCCCAGUCAAUGACGCAAAUCCCCACAUCGUAAACAUUGGUCGCAUGGUCGAGGACAUGGAAAACAAAAUGCGAAAUACUCUUAAUGAAAUAUAUUUUGGUAAAACUAGGGACAUCGUUGCGUCACUCAGGUCCGUCAACAGCCUUGGUGAGCAGCAGAAACAGAAGGACUUACAGGCGCAGCUGUUCCAGAACCUGAAAGCGAGGCAAAAGAAGUAAACGAAGUUACUGUGACAUUUUUUCAGUUUUUGGUCACUUAGAUUUUUAUUUCUCCUGUCGUAUAAUUGGUGCGUGAUGUAUUUUUGUAAUACAAGUUUCAUUUCCUAACGAAUUGUAGCCAAUUGUAAUAAAUUGUUUCCCUAGAAAUUUUGUUUUCUUACAGGUUUAAAAUCUGUUAUAACCUUGAUGCAAAAUUAACAGAAUACUCCAUAAGUUGAACACGAAUUUAUAAA